UUUUAGUGCAAGGAACCGGAAAUGAUAGGGGAAAAGAGUCCGGGGUUGUUUUCAUUCCCCUGGUUUUCAACAUGAAGGAAGCAAACAUGGCUCGUCCCGUCAGUGUGGGGGAUCUACUACAAGCGGAGCUCUUAGAGGACGCUGCUUACCGGGAAGAGGGGCUGUGUGUGGUCGGUAUUUUCGGUAAAAGCAACAUGCAGCCCGGCGCGCUGAAGGAAUCUCUGAUCAACACACUGGCGGACAAACACCUUUUCUUGAUGUUCGGCGGACCGGAGGACGGCGGCACGCCUAGCAGCCACAUCCAGGCUUUUUACGACCAGGAGAACCGGGUGCUGUACCUCCUGCUCUCCUCCGUCUGCGACAGCCGACAGCUACUGCGAGCCUGCCUGUCUCUGGACACCGGGAACGGACACUCAGACGCCCACGACUUCUGGAAGGGCCUGGAGCGGCAGCACUGCCUCCACCUGCUCUACAUGUUCUCCGUGUGUCACGUCCUGUUGCUCGUCCACCCCAACCAGACCUUCGACGUGACCUACGACCGGCUCUUCCGAGCUCUGGACGCUCUGCGGCAGAAGGUUCUGCCUCUGAUCCGGGCUGCCAUCAAAGACUCCCCGGUAUCUAAAGAGUGGAAGCUGAACUGCCGGCCCUGCCCUCCGCGGCUCCUCUUCGUCUUCCAGAUGAACGUCACUCUGAAGGUUUCUGCAAACGGCUUAGAGUCAAAUCCUGACAAACCAAAGAAGCACUCCCCCAGGCGGAGGCUUCAACACGCCUUGGAAGACCAGAUUUAUCGCAUCUUCCGUAAAAGCCGAGUUCUCACCAACCAGAGUAGCAACUGCUUGUUCACAGUGCCCGCCAACCAAGCAUUUGUGUACGUGAUCCCAGCACUAGAUGAGGACCCCUUAGGUGCAUUACUCGGUCAGCUGCGGUCCAACUGCAUGCUGUCUGAGCAGGACUCCUCCGUGCCCGUGUCGGGGCCGAGGCGCUAUCAGCAGAUGCGGCAUUCAGCUCGGCACCCCAGCAGCAGCAGAGACUCAGGCAGCAUAUCGAUAGGCAGUCAGCUGGUGGACUGCAGCUUAAAGGAAUUCCUCUGGCAGCAUGUCGACCUGGUGCUCACCAAAAAAGGUUUCGAUGACAGCGUCGGCCGCAACCCGCAGCCUUCGCACUUUGAGCUGCCGACCUACACCAAAUGGGUCCAGGUCGCCUCCAGACUCCACCAAGUCCUCAUCAAAAACACAGAUGAAGAAAUGGCUGAGCUAGCCACAAAAGUGCAAAGCCAGGUGAAGGUUUUGGAGGGUUUUCUUGACGCUGACACAAAGUUCUCUGAGAACAGGUGCCAAAAAGCGCUGCCUCUGGCUCACAGCGCCUACCAGUCCAACCUCCCCCAUAACUACACCACCACGGUCCAUAAAAACCAGUUGGCUCACGCUCUGCGGGUGUACAGCCAGCACGCUCGAGGAGUGGCUUUCCAACGCUACGCUUUACAGCUUCACGAGGACUGCUACAACUUUUGGAGCAACGGACACCAGCUGUGUGAGGAGCGAAGUCUGACUGACCAGCACUGUGUUCACAAGUUCCACCUGCUGCCUCAGCCAGGAGAGAAGCCUGACAUGGAUCACAACCCACCAAUCAUGAAUCACAACAGUAGAGGGCGCUCCACCAGCUCCUGUAACUGUGGACGGAAGCAAGCUCCCCGUGAGGAUCCUUUUGACAUCCAGGCAGCAAAUUACGAGUUUUACCAGAUGCUGGAGGAGAAAUGCUGUGGGAAGCUGGAGAGGAUUGAGUUUCCAGUGUUCCAGCCCAGCACUCCUGACCCGGCCCCGGCAAACCAGGCUCAGAGAAACCCCUGUGAGGCUUCAGGAUCGGGUGAUGCAGAGAGGUUGAAGGAGCCCAGCACUGCCCAGAGCCACACGCCUGGAGACACCAGCCUUAGCCUCGCUCUUAGUCUAGGCCAGUCUACAGACAGCCUGGGGCCCUACGGGGAUGGAGACGGAGCCGAAACACAAGUCCAGCAAAAGAGGCCGAGCCUUGUUGACCGGCAGCCUUCCACUGUGGAGUACCUUCCUGGAAUGAUGCACUCUGGCUGCCCUAAAGGUCUCCUCCCUAAAUUCUCCAGCUGGUCACUGGUGAAACUUGGCCCAGCAAAGUCGUAUAACUGCCACACGGGCCUGGAGCAGCCAGGUUUCCUCCCUGGCUCCUCAUUCCUCUUGCCGUGGGACUUGGUGAUUCGCUCCCGAUCGGAGGAAGAUACAGGACUAACGGAGCCUUUGGACGGAGGCACGUCCUCGUGGCCAGCCCCCAACAAGACCCUUGUGGGAAAGCGAGGCAGCACCGGUGGGCUCGGUAGGAGUCGCAGGAGGGAAGACAUGGCUCGCAUCUUUGUGGGGUUCGAGUAUGAAGACGGCAGGGGGAGACGCUUUAUCAGCUGCGGGCCUGAUAAAGUAGUGAAGGUGCUGGGGCCGGGGGGUGCUAAAGAUCCUGCCACCAGGGUGCUAAACACCGACAUGCCGCUGCACAUCCCUUCUCCCUCCCAGGGCCGUGGCCUGAAGCCCCACUUCGCCCAGUUGACUCGCCUUUUUGUUGUAGUGCCUGACGCCCCGCUGGAGGUGACCCUCAACCCACAGGUACAGCCAGGCCCUCCUCCCUGUCCGAUCUUCCACCCAGAGCAGACUGAAAUAUCGUUGGCAUCUGAUGGCCUUUGGGUGCUGCGGUUUCCUUAUUCCUACGCCACAGAACGUGGUCCCUGUUACCCCCCCAAAGAGAACCAGCCCCUCAACAACUACAAGGUGCUGCGAGGCAUCCUGAAAGCCACCACCGCCACCUCUCCACAACAAUAACCCUUAAGGUUUUAUUCAAGACUCCACCUUCGCAGACCCUCCCAGUGUUGUUUCUGUACAUUCUGUAUAUUUGCAGACACUGCAAAUAUUUCCUUUUUUGUUGACAUCUUUUACUCUGGAUUUCAAUGAAAUGACAUGUGGGCGUGCAUGGUCUCCACAGAUAAGCAUUUGCACACAUGCUCUGGUGUAUGUGAGACCGUAUUAGCUGCUCUCUAAACCAUGUUUAGUGUCAAAUCCAUUCAUGCAAUACUGUGUUGCAUUUACCUCUCCCAGUGCAGACGCAAGUGCUGGUGUGGUCGAAUGUUUCCUCACCAAAACCACAGAGAAAGUUUGUGUUGAAGUGGGCUGUUUCCCAAGUGUGAAAAAUAAUUUGAUCUGUCUCAAGUGAAUAUGUGACAACAGCUUUGUACACCUACAGAUUUGGACCACUGGUUCUCAGACUGUGAGGCACAUUUAAGCACAGAAAAAAAGCCUUUAAAUUAAGACUUGGAUUAUUUUAUAU